AAAUUUAACACUUUGACCGUUGUCUUGCAUGUCGUUAUUAGAACCAUUCCUUCGAAGGAAUCUGUAAAUAUGCACUAGCAAAUUCAUGUUUCUCUUUCCAGUGAAACCAGAUGUAAAAAAAACACACUUUUAGUUAAAAUGGGGAGGUUAAGCGAAUCAGUGGAAAUAAGUGUUUCUCCAAUCUUAAGUGUUAACUCUCCUUAUCCAUUAUCCCCUAAACCUAGAACACGAGCACCUCUAGUCCUCCACACAUUAACCAAUCAGAUAUCAGCUGAACCAACCCCAAAAUCAAUCAAUCACACUGAAUACAGAAAGUCGUCUUCUUUACUGCCUGAAAUCCGUCCCAUUGCGAAAUUACGAUGCUGUGAUCUUAUAAGAGCAAUUCAAUUAGGAGACAUAUGUACAGUACGACAGUAUGUAAGAGCGGACAAAAAGAACAUAAACUCGUGUUGGAACGGUACAACUCCUCUACUCACUGCUAUCCGAGUACAUAAUGCAGAAAUUGUUGAGGUUCUAUUGGAGUAUGGAGCUGACAUUAACCAAAAAUUAUCUAGAAACGGUUUAAGCCUUGAGCCCCCGCUGGUUUUCUGUAUUAGGAUUGGUUCAGAUUGUGUACUACAGAAACUAAUUCAAAAUAAACAUAUUGAUCUUAAUAUCAUAUAUAAAGAUAAAUCAGCUUUAGAAUAUGGAGUGGAAGAAAAUAAACCUUUAGCAGUCUCUAGGUUGAUUAGUAAAGGUGUUUGUAUACCUGGAGGUCUACUGAGCAGUGCUAUAAAAAGAUCUGGAUAUAUUAAUGGUCAGGAGAUUGCAUUUAUUCUAAUCAAAGCUGGAGCUAGGGUGCAGGAAAUUGACAAAGAAGGUCGCACCGCUUUACACUGGGCUGUUUAUGUUGGAAAUAUUGAGUUGGUGGAUACAUUAUUGAGACAAGGUUCAAAUCCACGAGAUAUAGGAUACAGUAUACUCAACAAUACACUCCCCUGUAUCAGAGAAAAGAUAGUUGAAAGUCGGAGAACAGUUUUCCGUCUAUCAGACUUGGCAAGGUUCCAAGUUGUAAAUCUUCUGGGUUUUGACGGAACCUACUCUAAUAAUAUCUCUAAAUUAGAUUAUCCAACCAGUCUAAUAUCUCUAAAUUAGAUAAUCCAACCAGUCAAUAUCUCAACAUUAAAUUAUCCAACCAGUUUAUAUAAAUCUAAAAUAGAAUAUCCAACCAGUUUAAUAUCUCUAAAUUAGAUUAUCUAACCAGUCAUAAUAUCUCUAAACCUGAUUAUCUAACCAGUCUUAUUAUCUCUAAAUUAGAUAAUCCAACCCCUCAAUAUCUCAACAUUAAAUUAUCCAACCAGUCUAAUAUCUCUAAAUUAAAAUAUCCAACCAGUUUAUAUAUCUCUAAAUUAGAAUAUCCAUUAUCCAACCAAUCAUAAUAUCUCUAAAUUAGAUUAUCUAAUUAGUCUAAUAUAUCUACAUUAGAAUAUCCAACCAUUCUCUUAUAAAAUAUUGGUAUGAUGAUGUUACAAGCUAACUAAACACUGAACAGGAACACGAGAAAGAAAACUAAUGAGAGCUAGCAUCAAUGUACCACUAUUUUGUGUCAAAUUGUUCAGCAGUGUAUUUUUUUGUAUUUUUUGUGUAAUAAAUCUCUGUUUCGUA